AUGUUAGCCAUUAUUGAUGAAAAACAUUCGAAACAAUCAUCGAUUGUGGACGUGUACUAUCCGUUGGAAAGUAUGGAUAUUUGCUUAAAGGUUCACUAUUUGGAAAAAUCUAAUCCGUGUAAAAUCGAAAUUGAAAUAAGGAAUCGACAGAGAGAACAAUCAUUGACGUCUGUUCAACAUUGGUCGAUUUUUCAAAUGAAGUUUCCACAAGUAAAUCUACCGGAUAAAAUCUUGACACGGCUCGAUGAAAUAACCAGUGAAAAAAUCAGCAAAUACCUGCAAAUGAUUGUUAACGAAGAAUAUAAUCGCCUAGAGUACAUUCAAAUCGAGAAAACAUCGACAGUAUGGCAAAUGGACGAUAGCGAUCGGGAAUUAGAACAAAGUGAUAUUCAGCUGACAUUGAUGAAAGGAAAUGAACCUAAUGAAGUGUUUUACAUUCCGAAGUAUUGGAGGACCAUAGCGAUACAAACAGGUGAUUAUGAGAAACUUGUCAAAACAUUAACAACGUUACAAAUCGAAGAUAAUCGAGAUCUUUUGGAUUACUUUUCAUAUCUUAUAUCACAGACACGUUUGAAUUCGUUUUCUUUACAAAAUCAACAACAAUUGGGCAAUUCAAAUCUAUCAUCGGAAAAAGCUUAUAUGAAUCUGUUAACAAUGAGUUAUGCUGCAUUUAUUGAACUAAUUCAACGUAUUCAGAAGAAUAAUCAAAGCUAA